AUGGAGUGGUGGAAGUUGGUGGUCAUAACUGCUCAGAUACUGAGGGCUUUAGCUGACAACAGCCAUGGCCUCCAAGAACUUCCAGAGGUACAAUGUGGGGAGGAGAACAUGCAGAUCAUCGUGCCCCAGCACCUGAAGCAGAAUUCCAAGAUGAAGGUUUUAAAUAAAGAUGGAAAAAUGGAGCCUCUGAGAAAUGACCCAUCUUGUGGUAUUUGGGUGACCCAGAAAUAUGAUGGUUCUGCAAUUGUUGGAAUUUCUUAUGAUGGCUGCUAUGUGUCUCAAACUGACACCCACUUUGUGUUGACUCUUGGGCUCACUAAGAAACAAGAUGGUGAAAAGAAAGUCACUGUGAGGAAGGAGAUGACUUGUGCUGUGGGAAUCUACCAUGACUCUCCAAUUCCAAGCCAGUGUGAUUCCAUCCUAAGGCCGGACAGACUGAGCUGUACAAGUUCUCAGGACUCAUGUGCAACUAUGGGCUGCUGCUACGAUCCUGCUGACAGUAUUACUCCAUGCUACUAUGGAAACAAAGUGACUGCCCGCUGCACAUCAGACGGCCUCUUCUCCAUUGCCCUUCCAAACACCUUGACUGUGCCCCCACUGAACCUGACCUCUGUGCGACUGCUCCAAAAUGGCGGCCCAGAAUGUAAUCCAACAGCUAGCAAUGGCUAUUUCCUCCUCUACCAGUUCCCGAUUUCUGCUUGUGGAACCACCUACAAGCUGGUUGGGGACCAGGCGGUGUAUGAGAACCAGCUGGUGGCAUCCAAAACCUUGAGGACCUGGAACAGUAUAUCAAUAACCAGAGACUCCACCUUCAGAUUAUUGGUUCGCUGUAGUUUUGCAGUUAGCGGCUUACUCCCAUUGAAAGUGGAUGUAGUGACCCUACCACCCCCACCACCUGUGUCAAGUAUAGGACCUAUUAACUUUGAAUUGAGAAUCAGUUUAGAUUCCAGCUACUUCAGUUAUUAUACGGACUCUGAUUAUCCAGUGGUAAAAGUCCUGAGGGAUCCAGUGUAUGUGGAGGUCAGAAUCUUGCAGAGAAGCGACCCGAAUCUUGUCCUUGUCCUACACCAGUGCUGGUCCACGCCAUCUCCUGACCCUCUGAGCAGCAUCCAGUGGCCAAUACUUAUUGAUGGGUGUCCAUUCACUGGUGACAACUACAUGUCUGAUGUGAUUCCUGUAGCUCCAGGUUCUGCUUUACCUUUCCCUUCUUACUACUUGCGGUUUGAUGUGAAGACUUUUACCUUUGUGGAUCAGAACACAGAGAUGCCUCUUUCAGGACAGGUAUACAUUCACUGCAGCGCUUCUGCCUGUGUCCCCUCUCCAAGUGACAACUGCGCUACCGUGUGUAACAGACGUAAGUUUAGUCUACAAAUGCCCAACCUGAUUACCUCAACUAUCAUCUUUUCCUAUGCAGAACUCCAAACCCAGUACUUCUCCCCACACUGCGAUCGUGUAAAAGAUCUGUCUAUGUUAAGCAAUAAGAGUGAUGUGGUGCUGGUAUCAUCAGAUGUUCCCAUCUACUUCGACAACUCUCUGCCAGAGAUGCAGAAUGACCGGGAAGACAUCUACGGAUUCAGAAUUUCCCAGCCGGGGGCUCUCAUAAACGGAGCAGCCAUAGCCAUGGGGUUUGUGGCAGUAGUUCUUCUGACCCUGACGACUUGGGCCCUGCACAGACAACGGAAAUCCAGGUCUCUACUGAUCAGCAAGUUACCUGUGACAGAAAAGACUGUAAAUAUCAAGACCAUCUUCAGCUAA